UUGGCGAUCGAUCGAUCUUUGUUUGCUGACUCGCUGUGUGUUCGAGUAAUCCGGGCGCGUUCACGUGCGCUGAUCCGCUGAGAGAGCGCUGAAAAGACGCGCGCGCAGCUCGCGCUCCGUUACUCCGGUGAACUCAUGGCAACCGAAGGACAGAGAGUGGUGCUGAUCACCGGCUGCUCGUCCGGUAUCGGGCUCGCGAUCGCCGUGAUGCUCGCGAGAGACGAGAUGAAGCGCUACUACGUCAUAGCUACCAUGCGGGAUCUGAAGAGGAAGGAUAAGCUGGUUGAAGCGGCGGGAGACGCGUACGGUAAAACUCUGUCUCUGCUCACACUGGACGUCUGCAGCGAUGAAUCUGUCAAACAGUGUGUCGACAGCGUCAAAGAUCGACAUAUAGACAUACUGAUUAAUAAUGCUGGCGUGGGUCUGGUGGGGCCGGUUGAGGCUCUCAGUCUGGACGACAUGAAGAAGGUAUUCGAGACCAAUUUCUUCGGGGUUGUGCGCAUGAUUAAAGAGGUGAUGCCCGACAUGAAGAGGAGACGCUCUGGACACAUCAUGGUCAUCAGCAGCGUGCUGGGCCUGCAUGGUGUGGCGUUCAAUGACGUUUACUCCGCGUCAAAGUUUGCCACGGAGGGACUGUGUGAGGGACUCGCCAUCCAGCUGCUCCAGUUUAACAUCAAGGUGUCGAUGAUCGAGCCCGGGCCUGUAAACACUGAGUUUGAGCUGAAGCUGAUGACAGAAGUCUCUAAGAAAGAGUUUGCUGGUGCUGAUCCAGAGACGCUCCAUCACUUCAGGACCUGCUACCUGCCCACACAAGUCAACCUCUUCAAAGGUCUGGGACAAACACCUGAAGACAUCGCCAAGGUCACUAAGAAGGUGAUAGAGUCGCCGUGGCCUCCUUUCCGUAACCUGACGAAUCCUCUGUACACUCCAAUCGUGGCGCUGAAGUACGCAGACGAGACACGCAGCCUGUCAGUUCACACCUUCUAUCACAUGCUGUAUAACCUGGGAGGAGUCAUGCAUGUCAGCGUGAGAAUCAUGAAGUUCCUGAGCUUUGGAUGGUUACGGAGACGAGCCAUCUCACCAACCUAACACACACACCCACCCACACACACACACACACACACACACACACACACACACACACACACACACACACACACACACACACAAACACACACCUGUGGAUGCUGCAGCAGGGCAGGGAGAAAGCACAACACAGACAGAUGUUGAAAUGCCCAGAGGGCUCUUUAUUUACAAUAGUGGAGGAGUGGGGCAGUGAGAGUGGCUGUGGCGUCCUCUGGGUCUUCGUGGAUGCUCCUUGUGAUUUUGUGAGUGAAAAGGGAAAGUGACGUGACAUACAGCCAAGUACUUGGAAUUCAUGCUCUGCAUUUAACCCAUCCAAAGUGCACACACACACAACACACUGUGAACACACACCCAGACAA